GGAAUUGCUGAUUAAAGACUGACGACUGAGGCAUUGUAAUUUAUACAACACAGUGAAUUUAUAACCGACCAGUAUACAACAGUUGUUACGGUAAUUGCAUGGAGCGGAUUGUAGAACAGGCAGUAAGGCCGCCUCUGUUUGGGUUAAUACGGUGCUGGUACUGAUGCUGCGAUGAGUCAGGCGGUAUGGUGCUGAUGUUGCUGCCAUUUCAUCAGCAUUUUCCAAACACCUCUCCAUCUUUACAACAUGGGGAAACUGGAAUGAAGCAAUCAGCUACGAAAGCAGGACGAUGCCAGCACCUUUCCAGACACCAAAACUGAUAAGGAAAUUGACGCAAAACCAUUUAACCCUUUAAUCGCGUGAUUAUCGCUGCAGCGCGAGUGCUUUUUGGUUGUGUUUUUUUUUUUUUUUUUAUGGAUGAGAGGAGGCCUUUAGAUAUGUGUCUUCCUGUCAUCUGUUUUCCAAAGAAAUAAUUUCAAACAAGCUUUUUUUUUCUUUUGAAGACGUUUAAUGCGGUUUAUUAAAUGGUUCCUGUGCAGUAAUUUAAAAAAAAAAUAGAAAUAUGGAUAUGAUAUGAUGUUUUUGUUGCCUGCGUCUACUGACAGCUUAUGAAAACACGAAAACUACAACGACAUAAAUUGCUUUCUUUAUUUGUUUGUGUAGGACCGAAAUUUAUUUAAUAUGUUUGAAGAAUCCGUGCACUAGAUAGACGGUGUGAUUAAGUGAGUUGUUUACUUUUUACGAAAACAAAACACCAAAAACACUACUAGACUAAUAAUAAUAGAUUAAUAAUAAAUAAAUACAUAGAAAAACGAAUCAUUAAACUAAUUCAUAAAUGGGCAAAGUAACCGAUAGCUUGUGUCAGGAGAUACAGCUCUGUGACCAAUUAAUUAAAACGUGAAAAAAAUCCUGAAAAAAAAUAAAUAAAUAAACAUUUAUAAUCUCUGUUUGAGAUUGCUGAUAUUUGCAAAAUGGAGGCCAACUGACCUUGGAGUUUCCCGAGACAUUGUCUGUCAAAAAGCUGUGUUGGAGCCUGAAAGAUAGAGCCGGUGCGGGUGUAAUAACUACAGCACUCGCCCUGGAAUUUCAAUCUGUUUUUGCACAAUAGAGAGCUCAGCUAGAGGCUUAUUUGUUUAGAAAACGAAGGUCUCGCCACACAGCACUGCAGUUUGAGCAGCAGAGGAGUGGAGGAUAGGCUGCGAGCCAGGGGAAACUGCGAUCACUGGAGUUAGAAGAGGGGAAAAAAGCUUUGAACAUAUUCAUAUUGAUGUGUUUUAAGGAUUUAUGUUCCCCUUGCUGCUGGUAUACCUAGAGCUCUUGCAGGAGCAGGCCAAUCCGAGAUGAGAAUUGCAUCGGUGUUUAUUUUUAAUAUCUGAAGAGCUAGGAAUCUGGAGAAAACCAGUAUAUGAUCUGGAGCUUCUGUUUACCCCAAACCCGCCGAUAUCUGGGCAAUUAAUGCGUACUGGAUUUAUAACGACGGUUUGCUUUAUUUAUUUAUUUUCAAAACAAAAGCUAUCAAACUAGUUUAUAGUAUCAAGUUGUCGGUGUUUUCUACGAGUUCAUGACGGUGUUAAAAGGUGACUGAACCUGUUGUGAUUUUGACUUGCAUAAUAUUUUUUUCAAGCAUUUGCUCAGUUUCAAAUAAGAGGCAAACCAACAAUAAAUACAACAUUUAAAAAAAACUACUUUAUUUAAGUCAAGCGUAGUUUAAAUUUAGAAGCACCCUUAAUUUAUUUAUUUUUUUUAAGUGUGUGUUGCUACUGCCGGACAAUACGCUACUGCAGUUAGCUCUGUGUGUCUGACAGAGAUCAGGCGAGAUGGAGGCGAUAUGGCUGUACCAGUUCCGGAUGAUCGUGAUUGGUGAUUCUACGGUCGGAAAGUCGUGCCUCAUUCGGCGGUUCACCGAGGGACGCUUCGCCCAGGUGUCCGACCCCACGGUCGGUGUGGAUUUCUUCUCGCGGCUGGUGGAGAUCGAGCCGGGGAAACGCAUUAAACUACAGAUCUGGGACACUGCGGGGCAGGAGCGAUUCAGGUCCAUCACGCGCGCUUACUACCGCAACUCAGUGGGCGGGCUGCUGCUGUUCGACAUCACCAACCGGCGCUCCUUCCAGAACGUGCACGAGUGGCUGGAGGAGGCGCGCAGCCACGUGCAGCCGCACCAGAUCGUCUUCGUGCUGGUGGGGCACAAGUGCGACCUGGACGGGAGGCGGCAGGUGAGCCGGCAGGAGGCGGAGAAGCUGGCGGGCUCCUACGGGAUGAGGUACGUGGAGACCUCGGCGCGGGACGCCAUCAACGUGGAGAAGGCCUUCACCGAGCUGACACGGGACAUCUUCGAGCUGGUCAAGCGAGGAGACAUCACCAUCCAGGAGGGCUGGGAGGGGGUCAAGAGCGGCUUCGUGCCCAACGUGGUGCACUCCUCCGAGGAGGUUAUGAAGAGUGACCGCCGGUGUCUCUGCUAAUCCCACCGCAGCCGGACACACAAGCAGGGAGGGAGGGAGCUGCCAGCACAGGAGCGGACGUUCACUGGGAUCUCCCUCCCUCUCUUUUGUUUUGGAGAGAGGGAAUGAAGUGCUUCUCCUUCCACACCUGGGCAAUUUGAAAUGUGGCAUCUCCCUCCUUCCUUCCCUCCUUUCUUUCUUUUGUUUGGUUGUUAUGUUUUUAUUGUUUAGCUUUUCAAAACGUCCACGGACAUUGUUGCUGUAAUGCAGAGCUCCAGCUGUUUAGGCAAUGUAUUAAUAUACUGUAUGAAACAAUAAUAGCAAACAAUACGAGCAGCUAACUUAGGUGUGUCAUUGACCGACAGUGUGGGUGCUGCAUGGCCUCUGGCAUCUUCAACUGUGGCAAUCCCACGUCUACUAAAUAUAUACUAGAACCAGCGGUGCCCACCAGGAAUGCAUUGCCUUGCCAUUUCCAGCAAUUCUUCAACUAAUAGCAAGGCACAUUUAUUUCGGACAGUGUGGGUUGUCUUGAUUCUCAUCAUGUCAUGUAUAGAAAUAAAAAAAAAAAUCAAUGUUUCUUACUGCA